AUGAUACCUGCAGAGGCAGCGGCAAAGUUUUUAGCUCCCAAGAGAUUCGGUGUGGUAGCCUACGUAUGUCUGAUAGUUCAUUGCCUUUGUGGACUGGCAUUUAUAGGUGUUACUUGGGAACUACGAAAGGGUGAGUUCGCGAAAUUUGGUUGCACUGCUGACAAACAAAAAGCGACCGCUUACAAGUCAUCUGUCGAGAAAAUAUGUUUUGCAAGAUACGAACAGGCUUAUAACUCGCCUCUAUCUCUGUACGCCUUUGUUUCACUGAGCAUUGGUUUUACAGUUUUUGUCAGUCUAAUUUAUUCACUGGCUGUAAGAGCUAGUGUCGAGAAAAUCGACAAAGCCUUGAAUGAAAGCGAUGAUCCAAGAACCAAUAUCGAAGGAACGAGCGAGGGAUUUUAUGUCUU